AGCGCAGAGGACUCAUUUCCAUUCCGACAUCAGUCUCCGUGGCUCACACGGCUUCGGUGGGGUCGGCAGCUGAGAUGAAACGCAAGCUGCUGCACGGAGAGCCCGAUCGGUGAAAUUAUCUAUCUGCGGGAAGGCUGAACAAUGACGGGGGAGUGCAGUUAACGGAGCCGGCUUUAUCAAUGGAUAUAUCUCCCGAGGUUUCCAGUGCGCAUCGCGAAAUCAGUGGCGAGGUCGCUUUUGCAGAGGAAAUACGCCUUCCGAGCAGGGGAGCGACCAAUCAGCCGUGGCGAACCAAAGAUAAACAAGCCUUAUGAUAAGACACAACUCUCAGGUCACGGUUUUCAAUUAUCUCGUGCAAUUUCCCCAAUAUCUACUGGAUGGAUUUCACUCGCCCUUCCCAACGAUUUAUUGGUCUUCGCGAUGCCUUGAUUUCCCUCUCGUGACUGAGCCUGACAUUUGGGCUCGAGACUGAAAAGUCUCGACGACUGACAAAUGGAUUGCCAACAAAUGCAGCCGCCGACAUCGGUGCCAAAAUUUGGAUGUAAAGACGUUCCCGACGCCUGUCGACUAAUGUGCUGGUUGGCUAAUGUGAGACGGUGAAGAUCCAAGAACUUAAAGGUCGGCGCGUUAGCGUUUUUGUCGCGCGCGCGGGAGCAGGUUUAUCCAGGCUGUGCUCAGCCAUAGUGAAUUAUCAUGCUGGCCUGUAUCCAGAGACGGCAGACCCUCUCGUCGCAGCGCUUGGCCUGCACGCCCAAAAGCCUGGAUGUUCCACCGCCGCCGCCGUUACUGCUGCCAGUACCACCGCUGCAGCCAAGCACCCACAAAGGCGAGGCGGCUUCCAUCAUUUCUCGGUACCCUUCUCCUGCAGAGCUGGAUGCUUUCGCCCAGAAAACCGCCAACAGCCCGCUGUCCAUCAAAAUCUUUCCGUCCGACGUGCGGGUGCCGCAGCACAAACAGCUCAACAAAACAGUCAACGGCUUGGACACCACGGGCCAGCGCUACAGCCCCUGUUCGCACCCGUACUCGGGAGGCUACCAGGGCUUGCUGGCCGUUGUCAAAGCCUCCGUGGUGGUCAAAGGUGUGGUGAAGACCUCCGAGGGCAGGAGGACUAAACACGCGAACAGCCAGGCGUCCGUGGCACCCUAUAAUAACCCUCUGAAUAACGGCUACGCGGUCAGACAUGGGCACAAGGCCUAUCGCAUAAGCUCAUGUAAGCCCCCCGAUGUGCCCAUUGAGAGACUUUGUUCCAGUGCAGGGAUGGCCUCUGGAGAUCAGAGCCUGGCCCCCCAGUCCGAGCUGGCAGAGGUUCAAAGCCUGAUGAGGCAGAUGAGCAGAGUCCCCCACAGCCAGGCCCUGCAGCUUGGGGGGGAGGCCCGAGCCAGCCCCUCGCUGCAGGCCGUGGCUGCCGUGGCACAUUCGGACUCGGACUUUGUCCUGGGUGUGCCGCCCCAGAGCAGCCUGGCCUUCGUCGGGGCAGUGCUGCCCGCACAGGGCGCAGACAUAGCCAAAGGAGACUACGCCGCGUGGCAGCGCAAAGCUCAAAUGCAGCAGCAGCAGCAGCAGCAGCAGCAGCAGCAGCAGCACUAUCAGCAGGGAGCAGUGAGGAUGUACAGCGGCGCUCAGGGCCACAGAGCGGCGGAGGCGGGGGUCGGCCAGUCUCCUGAAACCUGCCUCCCUCUGCCGUGCUCCUCGCAGCUGUCGUACAGGCAGGAGCGAGUCAGCAGCUCCUCCCUGAAGAUGCAGGGGGAGCUGACCGUCGGACAGUACUUCGCCCCUCUCUGGGACGGCGUCGUGGCAACCCCCAACAGCGACUGUUACACUUCUCAGGUGCUGGCAACGGGUACAUGUGCGGCCAGGCCGAGAGACUUGGGGUUCUCCCAUCCCCACUUCCACCCAAACCAACACCACCACCACCACCACCACCCGCACCACCCGCAGCGUCACCAUCCUCAGCUCCACCCUCCCCUUCCUCCUCCCCCACCUCCCCCUCCUCCUCCUCAUACCCAAGCCUACAGCACGGACCAAAACCUCUGUUGUGGGCUGCCUAGUUCUAGCCUGUGCCACGCUGCGGUGCUUAGCAGCAGCUUGCAGUCUCUGGAGUGCCUCAUCAGUGAGAUCCACCCUCCCUGCAUCAAAGAGCGCAUGCUGGGCCGCGGGUACGAAGCCAUGGGGAUGCCUCAGCUGCUGGAGCACCAGCAGCAAACCCACAUCCACCUCCCCGUCUACAGAUAAGACCCAGGAGUGACGAACCUUUUGUAGACUGUCAGUUUAGACGGGGGAAGAGACAUGCCUUUUUUUUUUUUUUUUUUUGUCGGUGCAUGUGCUGCGUUUGUAGACGACUUCUGAGCCUGAAAGGGUAAAUGAUAAUCACGACUUAAGAUGCAGGUUUAUCCCGUGGACUUUUCAUGUUUUAUUUUUAUAUCACAAACGGCCACCGGACACGAAUUGUUGUUUGUCGUCCACUCACGGCCGAGCACCUAGUCAGAUUCAGAAGCGUAGGCAGGCGAUCCCUCUGUAGGCCUUGA